ACGAGAGAGAGAAAUAAAAAAGGCGUGAGUCUCCUAACUAGCUCCUAAUAAUGCGAUAAACCAAAAACAUGCCACUUUGCAAUAAUUUCUCCGGCAAUCUCGUCGUCGCCGUUGCUCUCUUCUUUGCCGGCGCCCUAUAUAUCUUCAACUACCAAAACUAUGUCAACACUCUGAGAACAACACAGUAUCCGGUAGAUGAGCUAGAGGCGGCCUUGUAUACGGCAGCCGCCGGAAACAACAAGACGGUGAUAAUAACGAUGGUGAACAAAGCGUACGUGAAGGAGGUUGGAAGAGGGAGUACGAUGCUUGAUCUGUUUUUGGAGAGUUUUUGGGAAGGAGAAGGGACUCUACCACUUUUGGACCAUCUAAUGGUGGUGGCAGUGGAUCAAACGGCCUAUGAUCGCUGCCGUUUCAAGAGGCUUCACUGCUACAAGAUGGAGACUGAAGAUGGGGUUGACUUAGAGGGAGAGAAAGUAUUCAUGUCAAAAGAUUUCAUUGAGAUGAUGUGGAGAAGGACUCGCUUGAUCCUAGACGUUCUUCGUCGUGGCUACAAUGUUAUUUUCACGGACACGGACGUGAUGUGGCUAAGGAGUCCAUUGUCUCGGUUAAACAUGAGCUUGGAUAUGCAAAUAAGCGUGGACAGAAUUAACGUGGGAGGACAGUUGAUCAACACGGGAUUCUACCACGUCCGGUCUAACAACAAGACCAUCUCACUCUUCCAAAAAUGGUACGACAUGAGGCUAAACUCGACGGGGAUGAAGGAACAAGACGUUCUCAAGAAUCUCCUAGACUCCGGCUUCUUCAACCAGUUAGGUCUCAACGUUGGCUUCCUUAGUACCACCGAAUUCAGCGGUUUUUGCCAAGACAGUCCUCACAUGGGCGUUGUCACUACCGUCCAUGCUAACUGCUGCCUCCACAUCCCUGCCAAAGUCUUUGAUCUCACUCGUGUUCUUCGUGAUUGGAAACGCUACAAAGCGUCACAUGUCAACAGCAAAUGGAGCCCUCAUCUUAAGUGUUCGCGUUCAUGGAAUGACACUCACUAUAUCCCUAGGCUCUGACCCUCUUCGUUUACAAUACGCAA